AUGCGUCUGCGCUCGUCCAAGAACACCUCCCCCCUGAAGUGCCUCCCGACGCCGAGGCGGGCUCCUCGCAAGAAGAAGCCCAAGCCUGCGGCGUUGGGAGGCACUUCAACUCCCCCCCCAACACCGCCACCACAAUCACCAGCAGCAGCAGCAGCAGCAGCACCCCCACCACCCCCACCACCGAAAACGCCCUCGCCUUCCCCCCAGAAGGCGCCUUCGUCCGGGACGCCCUCCAGCUCCUGGACGGGGCGCCUCUGGGGACUCCUUAGCUCCGUCUCGCCCAUUGCUCGAAAGCGACCCGCCGAGGAAGUGGCGCCCUCGGCGGGCGCAAAGCGAAGAAGACUCUCGCCGCCCCCUGCCCCGCCUGCCGAGGAAUUAACGCCCUCGGCAGGGCAGAACCGAUGGCAUCUCCCCCCUCCCCCAGCCGCCUCGCCGUCUCCUUCCCCCUCUCCGAGGAAGCGACGGCUGGAGGUGACUGAAGAAACUGAAGAAAUCUCCCCAAAGCGGAGACAUCUUCAGUCACCUCCAGCCGAAGCUCCCUCUGAGGCAGCCUCGGCGCCAAUUUUCGUCCAGCCCAACAAGCAUUCAAAAGGCACAUAUCACUGCGAUUUCUCGUCUUCCGACGAAGAAGACGAGGAAGACGAGACGGAGCAGGCACCCCUCUACGAGAAUGAGAGGGAAGAGUCACCACGACCAAUUGUGACGAAGUAUUCAAAGGGAACCUACCAUUGCGAUUGGUCCGAUUCCGGGUCAGACUUGUCGGAUGAAGAAGAAACAACACCGGUCGCGGUUCGGGAAGCAGUGAAUAAGGCUCGGCUCCGAGCAGAGCGCUUCAAACCAAAGGUCCCAAGUGGCCUCAGAACUUUGACUCGCUACUCAACAUCAACCGUCGCAUCAGACAUCUCUCCAGAUAGGAAGGAGCCGCCACAAAUAUCAAAUGUCGCGCUAGGCAUCUCUCCCAAUAAGGAGCCACCACAAACACCAUCUUUCGCGUUCGACAUCUCUCCCACUAAGAAUCAACCACAACCCACAUUACCUGUCGCGUUCGACAUCUCUCCCACUAAGAAUCAACCACAACCCACAUUACCUGUCGCGUUCGACAUCUCUCCCACUAAGAAUCAACCACUACAAACACCAUCCGUCUUAUUAGACAUCUCGCCCAAUCGCAAAGAGCCAUCGCCACUGCCGACGCCAAUACUUGACCCGAGUGCUCCUUUUGAAAUUCCUGAUCCAAAUUGGAUGGCGCAUAGGUUCGGAGCAGACGUGGUUGACUAUAUUAUGGAUAACUGGGACGCGAUCGGUAUGCCUCAAUUAUGCGAACAAGAGCGAGCUUACCUUGUUCUGCCUGAAUAG